AUGGGGGACUGCCACCUACAAGCCAAGAGAAGAGGCCUCAGAGGGAAACCCAUCUUGCCAAUUCCUUGUUCUUGGACUUCUAGCCUCCAGAAUGCCUGCGGGCAGCCUCACGUGUCAAGUCUCAUCGUGGGGGGCCGGGACACCCAGGAUGGAGAGUGGCUGAGGCAGGCGAGCAUCCAGCACCGUGGGGCACAUGUGUGUGUGGGCUCGCUCAUCGCCCCCCAGUGGGUGCUGGCAGCACACUGCUUCCUGAGGAGGGCACUGCCAUCUGAGUACCGCGUGCACCUCGGGGCACUGCACCUGGGUCCCGCUUCGCCCCAUGUUCUCUUGGUGUCCAUGCGGAGGGUGCUGCUGCCCCCGGACUACUCAGAGGACGGGGCCCGAGGAGACCUGGCGUUGCUGCAGCUUCGCCGCCCAAUGCCCUUGAGCACAUGAGUCCAGCCCAUCUGCCUGCCUGAGCCUGGGGCUUGCCCACCACCAGGCACACCGUGCUGGGUCACUGGCUAGGGCAGCCUCCACUCUGGAGUGCCACUCCCAGAGUGGCGACCUCUGCAGGGAGUACGGGUGCCACUGCUGGAUACUCGCACCUGUGACCUCCUCUACCACAUGGGCACCAACGUGCCUCGUGCCGAGCACAUAGUGCUGCCAGGGAACCUGUGCACCAGCUAUGUUGAGGGCUAGAAGGAUGCCUGCCAGAGUGACUCUGGAGGACCCAUGACCUGCAUGAAGUCUGGGCGCUGGGUCCUAGUGGGUGUGGUGAGCUGGGGCAAAGGCUGUGCCCUGCCCAACCGUCCAGGUGUCUAUACCAAUGUGACCACUUACAGUCCUUGGAUUCAGGCUCGCCUCAGCCUCUGA